GUAUUGUUCACUGUCAUGGCUUCCUGAGCGAGCGGUUGUUGGGGCCUAAAUCAUCUACGCUGAAAUAUCGCUUUUCUUCGUUCAUUUGACUGGGAAUUUAAGGGCUUAAAUACUGUUUUUUAUUAUUAUAAUUAUUUUAGCCCGAUUAAAUCAUGAUGACCGGCAACAGCACGGCUCAGAAAACAUGGGAGCUGUCUAACAGAAUGCAGGAAGUCCAGAGCAUCGAUGAAAUUUACAAAUAUGACAAAAAGCAACAACAAGAAAUCCUCGCUGCGAAGCCAUGGACAAAGGAUCACCACUACUUCAAAUACUGCAAGAUCUCAGCUCUGGCCCUGUUAAAGAUGGUGAUGCACGCCAGGUCUGGUGGAAACCUGGAGGUGAUGGGUCUCAUGCUGGGAAAGGUGGAUGGAGAAACCAUGAUCAUCAUGGACAGCUUUGCUCUGCCAGUGGAGGGGACAGAGACCAGAGUCAACGCGCAGGCUGCAGCUUAUGAAUACAUGGCUGCCUACAUAGAAAAUGCCAAACAGGUUGGUCGGUUGGAGAACGCCAUUGGCUGGUACCACAGUCACCCCGGCUACGGAUGCUGGCUCUCCGGCAUCGACGUCAGCACUCAGAUGCUCAACCAGCAGUUUCAGGAACCUUUUGUUGCAGUUGUGAUCGACCCAACCCGGACUAUUUCCGCAGGGAAAGUCAACCUCGGUGCCUUUAGAACAUACCCAAAGGGUUACAAGCCUCCAGACGAGGGACCGUCAGAGUACCAGACAAUUCCUCUGAACAAGAUUGAAGAUUUUGGCGUCCACUGUAAACAGUAUUACGCCUUGGAGGUAACCUACUUUAAGUCAUCCCUUGACAGAAAACUCCUGGAGCUCCUCUGGAACAAAUACUGGGUUAAUACCUUAAGUUCCUCCAGCCUCCUGACGAACUCGGACUACACCACAGGCCAGGUGUUUGACCUGUCGGAGAAGCUGGAGCAGUCCGAGGCCCAGCUUGGCAGAGGCAGCUUCAUGCUCGGCUUAGACACACACGACAGGAAGUCCGAGGACAAACUGGCCAAAGCGACACGAGACAGCUGCAAGACGACCAUAGAGGCGAUUCACGGUCUGAUGUCUCAAGUCAUAAAGGAUAAGCUCUUUAAUCAGAUCAACACUUCCUCCAAUUAAAGCUCCACCCGGAGCCAAUGUGUUAGUUUUACAUGGGAUGUCUUUACUGUGCAUGCAUCCACUGUUUAACUCUGCACCAUUUCUCUUUGAAGUGAUUUUUGUUUGUCCGAGAAGUGGCCAAGAUCGCGACAAUGCAAGCAAAAAAUAAAAUAUUAAGUGCA